GUGAGGACGCCCGACCCGGGGCCUGUCAUCCGACUGGUCCGUCUCCUUCCUCGCACUCUCGCCAGAUCAAGCCAGGCAGAGGGGAGGGCCUUUCAGCCUUACCUGAAACCACCGCUAACAUUCCGCUGCCUAUAUAGCCAAACGGCCUCCAAGCCAUUCCCCUGCGUGCGAGCGUCUCCCCCUGCCGAGCAACUAAACGCAACGCAAGCGCACACACGUAGCGACGCGCGUGGCCGUGCGAGAGGGACUUGCAGGCCAACAAGCUCGAGCAGCCUGCGGCUCCGCGCAGCUCGCUUCUCCUCUGCGGCGCUGCGCGUGUUCUCUGUUUGGGGGAGCGGCAGAAUCGGUGGGAGUGAGUGGAUGGCAGCAGCCGGGAGGCCGUCAAGAACUGCGCAGUCACUGCCAGCUCCGUCCUCCAAGCUUACCGCCGCCUGCUUCUUCGUCCUGCUCCUGCCAUUCCUCCUCACAGAGGGAGUGGCGGUAGCCGAGGCGCUGUCGAUCGGCGUCAACUACGGGCAGAUCGCGAACAACCUCCCUUCCCCCGCGCGGGUGUCGUGGCUGCUCCGUUCGAUGCGGAUCAGCAAGGUGAAGCUCUACGACGCGGACCCCAACGUCCUGCGCGCGUUCCUGGGCACGGGGGUGGAGUUCGUGGUGGGCAUCGGCAACGAGGCCGUCCCGUCGAUGACGAGCCCCGCGGCGGCGCAGGCGUGGCUGCAGCAGCACGUGGUGCCCCACCUCCUCUCCGGGGCGCGCAUCUCCUGCGUCACCGUGGGCAACGAGGUGUUCAAGGGCAACGACACGGCGCUCCAGGCCGCGGUGCUCCCGGCCAUGGUGUCCGUGCACCGCGCCCUGAGCGCGCUGGGCCUGCAGGGCCGCGUGAACGUCACCACGGCGCACUCCCUGGACAUCAUGGGCCCCUCGUUCCCGCCCUCGUCGGGGGCGUUCCACCCGGCGGCGCUGGGGCACCUCCGCCCGUUCCUGGCGUUCCUCUCCGCGACGCGGUCGCCGUUCCUCAUCAACUGCUACCCGUACUUCGCCUACAAGGAAGACCCGGCGCGGGUGCCGCUGGAGUACGUGCUGUUCCAGCCCAACGCCGGCGUCGCCGACCCGCGCACGGGGCUCCGCUACGACAACAUGCUGUACGCGCAGGUGGACGCCGUGUACGCCGCCAUCCAGGCGCUCGGGUACACGGACGUCGAGGUGAAGGUGUCGGAGACCGGGUGGCCGUCGAGGGGAGACCCCGACGAGCCGGGCGCCACGCCCGAGUACGCGGGGACCUACAUCCGGAACCUCCUGCAGCGGAUCGAGAUGAAACAGGGCACGCCGCUGCGGCCGGCCACGCCGGUGGACGUGUACGUGUUCGCGCUCUUCAACGAGAACCUCAAGCCGGGGCCGGCGUCGGAGAGGAACUACGGGCUCUUCUACCCCGACGGCACGCCCGUGUACAACGUCGGCCUGCACGGCUACCUCCCGCCGAUGCUCGUGUCCAAUGCAGCGCGACAGGUGAUUCAAUUGUUUACACUGGUCGCCAUCGCGUCCGUCGCUUUCGUCUUGUCAGCAUAAGGCAGACGGAGUGCUAACAACUGCAGACAGGGAAUGUGAGCUGAGCAUCUCGUGCUGACAACUGACAAGCAGGAACAUUACUGAGUAAUCUGGUCAUCUCAACCUGGGUGUGUACUCUCGAUUUCUGAUGCGUUCAGGAGCCUUGUUGGAUUCAUACUGACAUUAGGUUAGAACUUGACUGAAGCAUGUGCAUGAUCGACUCAUGUGAGCUUACCUUUUGACCCAGAGAAAGGUAGAAACAAUAGCAACAGCUGCAUUGACUUCUAAUAUGUAUUGGUGGAUAAUUGAUAUCAAAUCUAUGCAAAUGCAAUACUUUUCUUUUCGA